UCCUGUUUGAUUUAGUGAAUUAAGCAUUAAUUGAUUCAUUGUGUUUCUAAUUAUCAAAAUGCGUGUUUUCGUUGUUUUAGCUAUUAUUGUGCCUUUGGCAGUUCAAGCAACAAAAGUUGCAAAAUGUGAUCGGAAUACGCCGCUCCCGGACAGCGUGGAAGUUGCCGGUUGCGACAGAUUGCCUUGCUCUCUGAAACGCGGUACGGAAUCCUUGACCGAAGUUAAAUUGACUCUUCCGAGCGAUACUGCUACUCUUGCACCAUAUGUAAAAGCCAAAGUCGGCGGUUUGACGGUUCCAUAUCCCCUACCUCCUCAUCUAAACAAUGCUUGCGAUCAUUUGAACGAUGGUGCCAAAUGCCCUUUGAAGAAAGGUGACCAAGUUACAUACAAUCUUAAAGUUCCAGUACUACAAUCUUACCCUUCG